AUGCCAGAUAACCCCAUCACCAAUCAGACAGAUAUUCCAGUUUGCACGGCAGGUGUAUGUCUGGGUAUCUUACACGAGUACAUAGAAAACCAAAGGCCCGCCCUCAAGUCGUUCUACGAUGCAGACUCAUUGAUGCAGCGCGCAUUGCGAGCAGAAGGAAUGAUCAAAACUUUGAUUAGGAGGGGAUGCGAUCAUCGGACUGCAGAACAACUGUCAUUACUUGUACUUUUUGACUUGGUAAUAUUAGUUGAUGAUAGCCUCUCUAUGGGAAAUGCCGAAGGUGGUGCUACGGUUACGACUCUUAAGAGGAUAUUAAAGCAGAUUGCGAAGGUCUAUGAUCUUGCCAACCCCGGAAUAGGUAUCUCAUCUAUCAGGUUUUUGAACCAGGAACUAGGAAAAAGGAACAUUACUAGCAAGAAAGUGGACAAGGUCCUCGAGAACCACCAGUUCAACGGUAUCGCAAAUAUAGGGACCAUGUUAGAUAAGCGUAUCCUUGAACGCUUUAUCUAUAAUCGUCCCUUUCGUCUGCCGAAGCCGCUCAUAUUUAUGAUGAUCAUACACAGUGAGGUUGAAGGCGAGAGCGAUGAUACGUUAGAGAGAGUCAUUAAUGACUGCGUUCUGGAGUGUAAAGCCUCCAGCACACUGGGGGAGGGCGCUGCUACAUUUCUCAUUUCGCGUAUCGGUUAUGAUGAGGGUGCAGAGCGUUUUCUCAAACGUCUUACGUCGAGAGGCAUCCAGAAUCUCUAUUGCUUUCCACCUUACGUACCACUCGAAGGCUUAGAUGACACUCUGAUAAUAUGGAAAACUCUGAAGGGAUUGUUUGUAGAUGCAUUAUACGAUACGAGUUACCAGGGCAAGGCAAUCCUUAUUGGGAGUAAUGAACUAGGGCAAGAAGAAGAAGAUAUACUUGCAAAUAUACCAAAGAAAGAAGGCCAUGAUCAGCUUCAGGAUGUACUAGGGCAAGAAAACGAAAAUCCCUUCUUUAGUUUACGGAAGCAAGCGAUACAGCCCGAGUUUUUCGAUCCCGCAUGCGAGCUCUCCUACGUCUCCUCGGAAUUCCCCCAGAAUCACCUCCAGCAAUGUUGGCAAGAAGACGAAUCUCUAUGGCUGGAUAAACCAAAACAGGGUGCAGACCGACUUCAAGAGUUAUUAGGACCAGAUGACCAAAAUUCUUUCCAGGAUUCACUGAAGAAGAGCUAUUCAAAAGCUUUCCCCCAAAGUGUUUUCGAUUGUCUUUUUACCCCGAGCCCAUUUAAGCCUGUGGAAGAAGAGAAAAACAUCCCCCCGAAGGAUAAUGAGCUAAGGCAAGUAACUGAAAACUGGCACCAGCAUUUGAGUGCACCGGACUUUUUCCACGACCUCCCCCAGACGCCGGCACAAAGUGGCAAGAGUACUGAACCAGUACCUUUCAGCCCAUUUUGCCACGAAGAACGCCGAACACACCCCGGGAGGAGCAUGUCAUACGCCGAUUUCUUGAAUUGGGACGGAAGCGAGGUAGAAGUCACUAAAGAGCGAUCACCAUCGCCGCCGGCUGAACAACCUUUCAGCUGGGGCCGGAAAAAACGCCGACGACGCCCCAGGAGGAGCACCUCUUGGUCCGACCUUUCUGAUUGGGCCAGCGCUGAUGAAGACGUUGAAGAACGUUCACCAUCACCACCAGCACCCAAAACUAGUGGGCGACGAGAGACAGACGCAAACCGAAAUCGCGGAUACCCUGCCCCGGGAAAGUCAGAAGACCGGGUAACACAAAAAAGGGUACGGGCGGACCGGUGCCUAAGACGUGUUGACCAGACAACGCAGGAUCGAGAAAAAACCAGCAAGAUUGUUUUCCGUGUUAGGGGGAUACCAUAUGGAAAAUCCUUAAGGUCUAUAUCAGUUGCGCUUAGCGCCUCGCCUCUGAAACUACGCAGUAAAGAUAUAUGGAUGGAUGUGGAUGAGUCCACAAUAGUACCAGACUGUUACGGCUCCAACACACAAAUGGCUUUGAUACAAUUUAUUCCACGGCCGCCAGAUGAGCUACAAAGUCUUCGAAUCAACGAAACUUACACCUUGCGGCUGUAUAGAUCAGGAGAGCAGAUUACUGUGGAUAAGGAUUUCUUUGGGCAUACACAGCUCUAUCCUACGACCGGGCAGAUAGCGGCAGAGCACGUUAUUGUCGCAGUAUGUGGAUUAAAUGGUCAUCCAUACGGCUCGUGGGCAGCCAAAGCAAAUGCUGAUGGAAGAACCAGAAUGUGGCUUCGUCAUUUUCUCCCGAAGAGCCUUCACCAUUGUAGGACUAUGGUCUAUGGUUACAACUCUAAUCUCCAGCACCAAUCAAGGCAUAGUAUUCAAGACUACGUUGAUACAUUUUUGGAGGAGCUGGAGAAGACAAGAAACUCCAAAGAGGAGAGGGAGAGACCAGUUAUAUUGAUCGCUCAUAGUUUUGGUGGCAUCGUGAUUGCUCAUUCAAUAGCCAACGCUACAGAGAAACAAUUAAAAUGCGGUUCUCUUAUCAGUAAUAUUAAAGGGAUUGUAUUCUUCGGUACUCCUCACCGCGGGCUUGUUGUUGACGACUUACUUGCAAUGAUCGGCGACCAGUCCUCCAGACUCAAAAUGGUUCAGGACCUGAGCCCAGACUCCCUAGUCCUUCAUGCUACGUUGGAAAAAUUUAUCAAAAUCUGCGAGGAGAAGGAAUGGAAGAUUGUAAGCUUUCGGGAAAGAGGACAAACUAGAAAACUUGUCAAGGAUGAAUAUGGUGUAUGGGCCCGCACGGGAGAUCAUUACACUGCGGUCGAAAGUGAGUCAUUGGUUCUCAAUUUACCGAAUUCAAUCGAAGAGACGUUACCUGCAGAAGGUGAUCAUUCCACGAUGGUCAAGUUUGGGCAUGAACAUCACUCUACUUAUACCUCACUAUUGCGUAAAUUAAAUGAGCUCAUCUUUAAAAAAGGUUAUGGUCGCCGUCAACGAUCUAGUUCGUUUUCAGGCUCUGAUAGCGAAGGGGAAGGUAUCAGGAAACGGACCAAACCGAUUUGCAAGUGA